ACACACACACGAGCGCCACUCGCUCUGUUCUUUCUCUCACUUCCCAUUUCCGGCAAGAGCAGCAGAGCCACCACUCUCUCUCUCUCUCUCUCUCUCUCUCUCUAACGUCUCUUCUUGCUUCUUCUUCGACCCUCUUGCUCUUUAACGGGGGCUUAGGGUUCCCCUCCCUAGCUAGAUCCUGACGAGGGAGAUGGAAGCCCCUGCAGAAGGCGAGUACGAGAGGAAAGAGCGCGCGGCACUGGUCAUCAUCGUCGUGCUCGCUUCCCUGGCCAUGGCCUCCUUGCUCGUGGCCUUCAGCUACUACUGCUACAUCCGCAACAAGGUCUCCAAGCGCUUGAAGAAGGCCCGAGGGUUUAAUGACGUGGAGAAAGGUGGUUUUGGGGAUCUCCAAGUUGCUUCCGAGAAUGGUCUUCAGGUGUUCUCAUUCAAGCAGCUACAUUCAGCUACUGGUGGUUUUAGCAAGUCCAAUGUGAUCGGGCAUGGUAGCUUCGGAUUGGUCUAUCGAGGAGUGCUCAGCGAUGGCCGGAAAGUCGCCAUUAAGUUCAUGGACCAGACGGGGAAGCAGGGAGAGGAGGAAUUUAAAGUGGAGGUGGAGUUGCUGAGCAGGUUGCAUUCUCCUUAUUUGCUUGCUUUGCUUGGAUAUUGUUCUGAUCAUAAUCAUAAGUUACUGGUGUAUGACUUUAUGGCAAAUGGUGGUCUGCAGGAACAUUUAUACCCUUUGAGCAGUUCUAGUGCUCGCUACUCAAAGUUGGACUGGGAAACCAGGCUAAGAAUAGCUCUAGAAGCUGCAAAAGGUCUGGAGUAUCUCCAUGAGCACAUUAAUCCUCCAGUGAUUCACAGAGAUUUCAAGAGCAGCAACAUCCUCUUGGACAGAAAUUUCCAUGCCAAAGUUUCUGACUUUGGAUUGGCCAAGCUUGGAUCUGAGAAAGCUGGAGGCCAUGUUUCCACCCGAGUUUUGGGAACACAGGGAUAUGUAGCCCCCGAGUAUGCAUUGACGGGUCAUUUGACUACAAAAUCAGAUGUGUACAGUUACGGUGUUGUUCUCUUGGAGUUGCUCACUGGAAGAGUUCCUGUUGAUAUGAAGAGACCUCCUGGAGAAGGGGUCCUUGUGUCGUGGGCUUUGCCUCAGCUAACGGACAGGGAAAAGGUCGUGCAGAUAAUGGAUCCUGCAUUAGAGGGUCAGUAUUCACUGAAAGAGGUCAUUCAGGUGGCGGCAAUCGCUGCAAUGUGUGUGCAGCCAGAAUCAGACUACCGGCCACUUAUGGCGGAUGUCGUGCAGUCUCUGGUGCCACUGGCGAAGAAUCACCGCUCAACUGCUAAGGUAGGCAACUCCCCUAGUCUCCACUCCCCGAAGACACCAAUCAGAUCGGAGUCUGGAAAAUUGAGCAUGUGAAACUAGUUGGAACCCAGUGUAAGUAUUGUAGGCAACUUCCUCGGUCUAGCAGGUGCUGCAGAAUGUCGGCAAAGCUGUGUCGGGGACUUGUUGAAGCCCUCUGGAAAAUAUGGCUUGAUUCGUUUAGCCAAUUUUAGGAAGUAGCGAUCCGGGUUGUGCGUUUGUCCAUACGAGAGCACCUUUCAGAGAUAACUAUAUGGGGAUCUCCUCUGCUGCAACCCAAGCUUGUCGACGCUUGAUAUCUAACUAUUAUCUAGCUCUAGUCCUAGAAACUUCUUGUAAAACUUUAUUUAAGCAGCAACUCAUCUCAACCAACCUUGACUAUAAUGGUUCAAUAAGUGCUGGUCUAUCAAAUUUCAUGGUUAUUUUGCCUGUUAA